UGAUUUCCUUUUGUAGAAAGAGUCUGCAAUCUCUCAGCUGUGUAUAUAUCCAAAAAGAUUACUGUUCUGUUUUUAAUGAUAAAUCAUUGUAUUGUAUUGUACAAAAUAGUACAAAGAUCAAAGGUAUGGUAAGCUGUUUUUUUCUUUUCUUUUUAAAAAAAAGAUAGGCAGUCAAUGAAAUACAGUAGAUCUGGGAGAGUAGGAAAAACAGACAUCCUCUUGAGGGUGGAAUUCAAAGGGAGGCAUUCUUGGAUCUAUCCUGCCUUUUGGAUAUGACUGUGUAACAGGGCUUGCAUUUUCAUUACCUAGACACAGCUGAUUGCAGCAGGAGUUGUCUUAGAGAAAUAGAGGUCUUCUGUUCAACACAUCUGUAAAAGAAGUCAAUGAAAACCAGAAAAAGGACCUUUCAUAAUGAAAAAAAAAACAGUCCAAAAAGAAAAAAGUAAAGCAAAGGAAGAUGAAAGGCAAAUUGAAGGGAGUGAUACGAAGAGCAGCAUUCAUGCAGCAGCUGACCUCCCUAGUGAACAGAAUGACUAGCCUCUUUCAGAUAAUAACAGCUGACAUGGAUUGAGAGACCAGCCUCUUUCAGGAUGCUAUAUCCUGCAGGCCCUUCCCGCCGUCAGUCUGGAGUUGGAGUCGAAGUCGCGGCAUGGGCAGGAUCUGUAAGGAGGUGACGGGCCAGGUCUUCUGCUUCGUGGGCUUCCUGGGGGUGAUCAUCAUCUGCGGCAUCCCCAUGUGGAGGGUGACCACGCGCAUCGGGGCCAACAUCGUGUCGGGCCAGGUGAUCUGGGACGGGCUGUGGAUGAACUGCGUGAUGCAGAGCACGGGCCAGAUGCAGUGCCGCAUCCACGAGUCGCUGCUCAAGCUCUCCCGCGACCUGCAGGCCUCACGGGCCCUCAUCGUCACCGCCAUCGUGGUGGCCUUCGUGGGCCUCACCUUCACCUUCAUCGGGGGCCGGUGCACCAGCUGCCUGGAGAAGGAAGCGUCCCGGACCAAAACGGUGAUUUUGGGGGGGGCCAUCUGCAUCUUGGCCGGGGUCAUCAUUGUUAUUCCCGUCAGCUGGUCGGCUGCCACCACCGUGGCGGACUUCCAGAGCACAUUCGUCAGCGAAGACAGGAAGAGGGAUUUGGGCUCAGCUAUUUACAUUGGAUGGGUGACCGCGCUCUUGCUGAUCAUUGGUGGAUCGGUCCUUUGCACUUCCUGUCCGCCGGUGGAGAACCGUUACGGCUGGGGCUACGGGGCCCCGGGAUACCCCGCUCGGGGCUACCCUCCCCAGUACUACUCAGCAUCUGCAAUGGGACCUACCUACAUGCCUGGCAAGGUCUACAUGCCCGCCAAGGUCUACAAUCCCAGCAGGUCUCAUUCUGCUUCAGGUCAAUACAUCCCCAAUAAUGCAACCCCCACUGGACAACCACACUCACCUGUAAAUUACCUCUGAAAUUGCAGGGUGUAUCGAUGUAAAAGCCUCAUCCAAAUGGUUUUCCAGAGCAGCUGGCUUAACUUUUUUUUUAGCUCAAGUGAUUUAUAUUCAUUGUGACUUUGCGAAUCAGAUGCUUGAGUUUUCCUGUAGCACACAAUAUCAUGUGUUUUGUGGUCGGUGAUAUAAGUAAUGGCAGAAAGGCCUCAUGUUUUUUGUUGACAGGAGUGAAUGUGUUUCCUUUCUUUUAAAACCCAAGCAGGCAAUCUGCAGCCUGGCAGUACGCACUUGAGCUGUAAGCCAUUUGCAUGUAGCCCAAUGAUACUGAACAUACUUUAAAUAAGAAGCAUAAUAGCAUGCAAAUAACUAAAACUCUGAAAUCCUUCAGCAAAAGGCCUAACAUGUUGAAUGGCUGACUUAAACCAAUGUUAUUUUUUGUGUUAACCUGAACAUUUUAUAACUGCAUUCCAUAUUUUUUCAUUCUGUGGGCGAAAGUUACUGUGAGCGCUGAAUUGCUGGCAAACUAAGGAGGACAACUGGACAGAAAAAGACUAAACCAUCCCAUCACUAUCUCAGACAAAAAUAGUCUGUGUCGAUAAGAGUACUUAACAAAUAUGCUUUUAUUUUAAUAAUUUUACAGUAACAUGCUUAUUUUUAAUGACAAUGUAAAAUCCUAAAUGAAAAUUAUUGUGGUUGUGAAAUGUACAUUUUUGUUUAUUAGCCCAUUGAGUGAACGCUAUAAGUGAUUGCUUUGAAGAAACUGAAUUAUUGUCAAAUAAACUGAAUGUGCAAUUUA